GUAGCAUCAGAUGUGACUUCCUGUUUGCGCUGCCGGGUUAGAAGUCAUCAUGGUGGCAGGACAAAAGUAGUGCGGGGGUUUGGUUGUCCUGUAUGUCAAAGAAGCAAGAUACUUGUUCAUUUUGGAUGGCUGAAGAUGGGCUGCUGCUGCUGCUGCUGCUGCUGCUGCUGCUGGGGUAAAAAGCAGAAAGAAUUGAUUCCACAUCCAUCCCCGCUUGGACCGCUGCAGAAUCCUGCCGUCGCUCUCCGGCGUCCCAAACACAUUCCCGAUAUUCCCAGGCGUGAGAGGCAGUGCGGCGGCGACGGGCCACAGGGUACAGAACGUCAGGACCACCCGACCGACGAGCAUGGUAUCCGAGCAGCGAGGGGAUGUGACGCACGUCCGGACGACUGGGGGAAGUUUAUGGACAAACACUGGAUGCUGCACCGAGCUGUCCUAUCUGGUCUGGCUGCUGCCCCCCUGAGCAAUCCCGUUGUUUGAUUGGAUGCCCUGAGAAUGCUGGUGGUCUUCUCCUGCACGCCAUCACUAAGCCUUUAAACGCUGCAUGGAGUCAUCUUGUGCUUCCGCUUGCCGCUUGCAUCCACGAAGCUGUUACACCUCGCAUGGGGGAAAUACAUCCAUCCAGCCGUCCAUCCGUCCGUCCAUGCCGGAGCCUAUCCCAGCUGACGUGGGGCAACAGCGGAGUACCGGAGAAAACCCACGCAGGCACGGGGGGAACAUGAAGACUCCACACGGAGACGCCCACCAGAGAUUCGAACCCAGGUCUUCCCGAUCUCCUGACCGUGUGGCCUGUGUGCUAACCGCUCAUCCACCGUGCGGCGCAUCGUGGAACUCAAGACGAGAAAAGAUCCACAAAGUCGGGCCUUAAAGGCGCGUUUACAAGCACCAAAGGACUUUGGUGUUAUGCAAACGCAGCCAGCUGCCACUCACAAGGCACUCUUAAAAGGAACCCUGCUGAGAUAAAGCUGUGGAAAACUUGCGCCUGUUCCCAAGGACCACGGGUUCCCGUCCCAGCGUGGCCCUGGAGACCAACAUGGCAGCCGCUGUAAGUGGGACAGGAAGCCUCAGAGACCCUUGAGAAGGAAGCAAUGCUGGAGAGAGCGAGUGGAAAGGGGGAAGAGAGGAAUAGGCUUGCUGUCCACCUGGCUGCUAAUCACCCACACCUGGGAUGCACCUUCCUGGCACCACACGGCAAAGGGGAAAAAGAAGACGCACACAAGCAGCCACACCAACUAUGGGACGUAACGGUGGAAAUCCCUGUGCAAGUUCAGAAUUUCCCGGAACACUUCCCGUAUAUUGUAAUGCAAAUACGUGCUUAAAGCAAGAGCUGUAAGCAUGGACCAUAACACGCCUUUUAGUGGUCCUCAAUCUGCAGGCCAGAGUUCAUUAAGCAGCACCACUUUGCACCACAUCAUCAUUUGACUGGAGCCUAAUAAGUGACAGCCAGCUGCCCUGAGGUGUUGACGAGGGGGCUGCAGAAGGGCAUCCAUCAGCCUUGUGCUCAAACCAUCAAUCCAGCGGGGUGAGAGCUGCCAGGAGGGAAAAAAAACAACAUUAUUGUCUGUAAAGGGCCAUCACUGGGUCCGGAUCUGGACAGAGAUCUGCCAUUUGGUGAUGGCUGGUAUAUACAGAAGGUCCUGCGUCCUUUCCUAUGAUGGCAAUAAGCACUGUUCAUCUAUCCAUCAUCUCGAUUGGCUAUGCUUUGCUUGAUGCCAGCGAGGCGGAGCCUGUCCAAGGUGUCAUAAGUCAAGAGGCGGGGAGACAACUAUUACCAGGUGCCUCUCCGUCUCGGCCAAGCAGCGGUCUCCAGCUUCCCCGCGCUCUGGGCCAACCUUCAGGGUGUUGAAUGUCACCAUCUGUUGACGACCUGUCGGGUUCACGUCGCUACAAGAAGCGAAGGAGGGGGGAUUGGUUGACGCCAGCUCGUGAGGACCGCACUUUAUUGCACAGGUAAAUAGCGCCUGAUGUUGUGGACCAGAUGUCCGUCAGCGGAUGCCAGAGUCUCGUCUCAGCCUGUCUACGCACCUUCCUUCCGUCACCUCUCUACCCCCGCCCCUCACCCGCCGCAUGCUGCCGGGGACUCGGCAGCCAAUGGGCGGCUGGCGUCCCUCUCAGCCUCGGUGACAUCCACCCAGCGAGGAGCGGACGUGCGCGGCUCAGUUGCGGUGUGCGGCCGACGCAGGCUGCUCUCAAUCGGAUACUCUUCCAGACACCGGGGAAGAAGCAGAUCCAUCAACCACCACCACCACCACCCCCAGGUGCGACGAAACUCUUCCUGCUAGCAUGAAGACCGAGCCGUCACUCUGACCCAAAGACCCGCCACACACAGAAGGAGGGGACAACGGGAGGAAGACGGGUGGACGAGGACCCAAGAAGGCCUUGUUGUCAUGGAGACAGUGUGUGUGCUGAUGGUGCUGUGGGCCGCCGCGGCCCAGCUCGGCUCGCCGGCGGCGGGGCUGAGGCCCCCCCGAAGGACUACACUGGGGCACAAGGGGUCCUCGGGCCUGACGGGACAGGAUGCCAACGGGGUGCCGCUCAGGCGGUCCAAGCGAGGAUGGAUGUGGAACCAGUUCUUCUUGUUGGAGGAGUACACGGGCACUGACAUGCAGUAUGUUGGCAAGCUGCACUCUGACUCCGACCGUGAGGACGGAAGCGUGCGCUACGUGCUGACGGGCGAAGGCGCCGGGACGCUGUUCAAGAUAGAUGAGAAGUCGGGCGACAUCCACGCCACCAAGCGUCUGGACCGGGAGGAGAAGGCGUACUACGUGCUGCGCGCCAAAGCCGUCAACCGCUUCACCAACGAGGCGCUGGAGGGCGAGUCGGAGUUCAUCAUCAAGAUCCACGACAUCAACGACAACGAGCCGCGCUUCACCAAGGACCCUUACCUGGCCAGGGUGCCCGAGAUGGCAGACAUCGGCACCCCCGUCAUCCAGGUGACAGCUUUAGACGCGGAUGACGCCACCUACGGGAACAGCGCCAAGGUGGUCUACAGUAUCCUGGAGGGCCAGCCUUACUUCUCUGUGGACCCAGAAACAGGUGUGAUCAAGACAGCCCUGCCUGGCAUGGACCGGGAGGUCAAGGAGAAGUACCUGGUGGUCAUCCAGGCUAAAGACAUGGCCGGACAGAUGGGGGGCCUCUCAGGGACCACCACCGUCAGCAUCACGCUCUCAGACGUCAACGACAACCCGCCGCGCUUCACCAAGACGCUUUAUGAGUUCAAGGUUCCCGAGUCCACCGCACUGGGCUCGGCGGUGGGAGCGAUACGUGCCGUGGACAGCGACAUUGAGGAGAACGCGGAGAUGGACUACAGGAUCAUUGGCAGCGACGGGCCCGGAAUGUUUGACAUCUCUACCAAUAGGAGCACACAGGAGGGCAUCAUCGUGCUCAGAAAGCCGCUGGACUUUGAAAGGAAGCGCCAGUACAGCCUACGCGUGCAGGUGGAGAACGUCCACGUCAGCCCGCGCUUCUUCUCGGCAGGGCCCUUCAGGGACGAGGCGUCCAUCAAGAUCACGGUAGAGGAUGUGGACGAGCCGCCCAUGUUUGAGCGAGCCAGCUACGUCAUGGAGGUCAAAGAGGACGCCACGCCCAACACCAUCAUCGGGUCGGUCAGCGCCUCUGACCCCGACAUCAAACGCAGUCCUGUCAGGUAUUCCAUCGACCGGCGUACCGACAUGGACCGAGUGUUUGAUGUCCACGCCGUCAACGGCUCCGUCUUCCUCCUCAGGGAGCUGGACCGCGAGGAGAACGCCUGGCACAACAUCUCUGUCAUCGCCUCAGAGUUCAACAACCUGCGACAGAUCAGCCGUGUACCCGUCCACAUCAGAGUGCUGGACAUCAAUGACAACGCACCCACCUUUGCCACCAACUAUGAGACGUUCGUGUGCGAGAACGCCAAGGCCAAUCAGAGGAUCCAAACAGUGAGCGCCACAGACCCAGACGAGCCUCUAGGAGGACAUCGCUUCUUCUUCAGCCUGGCCCAGGAGGCUGCCGGCAAGGCCAACUUCUCGGUCCGCGACAACAGAGACAACACGGCAUGGAUCCUGACGCGGAGGAACAGCUACAGCAGCCUCCUGAAGAGUGUCUACCACGUGCCCGUGGUCAUCUCGGACGGCGGCAUGCCCGUGCGGAGCAGCACCAACACGCUCACCGUCAGGGUGUGCACGUGUGACCGCGAGGGCAACAUGAAGCUGUGCAACGCCGAGGCGCUGACAGCCAAAGCGGGACUGAGCACGGGUGCGCUGGUGGCCAUCUUGCUGUGCGUCAUGAUCCUUCUGAUGAUCGUGGUUCUGUUUGCUGCCCUGAGGAGGCAGCGCAAGAAAGAGCCUCUGAUCAUCUCCAAAGAGGACGUGCGGGACAACGUGGUCAGCUACAACGAUGAGGGCGGUGGUGAGGAGGACACCCAGGCCUUUGACAUCGGCACGCUGCGCAACCCCGAGGCCAUUGAGGACGCCAAACAGCGGCGGGACAUCCUCCCUGAGGCCUACUACCCCACAGCCCGGCGGCCCGCGCCCCCCUCCGCUCGGGACAACAACGGUGACGUGAGGGACUUCAUCAACCAGCGGAUCCAGGACAACGACAGCGACCCCACGGCGCCGCCCUAUGACUCACUGGCCACCUACGCCUACGAGGGCAGCGGCUCCGUGGCCGAGUCGCUCAGCUCGCUGGGGUCGGCCACGACCGAGGGAGAGCACGACUACAACUACCUGAGUGAGUGGGGGCCGCGCUUUAAGAAACUGGCAGACAUGUACGGUGCUGACGACAGUGACGGGGAUUCUUAACGGGCAGCGGAAACGGACUUUCAAGGACUGGUGAACGCACCCCGUGGCUAGGCGUUGUGUGUCCCAUCACGUGUUAGUUGGGGUGUUGCCGCUGCCUGUGAUGGACACACACAGUUGUAAACUUUGACGUGUUUCUGCGACAAACACCACGCUACAUAUUGUGAUCUUAGCUUGUGUACGUUACAUGAUACAAUACACUGUACAGACAUCUACUCUUUUGCUUCAUCUUCAUUGUCGUGCCAGGGAGGGCCAAGAUGCAGCAGGUGCUUUCCAGCUGGUCACUAAAGCAGGUGAUUUAAAUGAUGAGCUCCUCCCCUCAAAUUGAAGGUGUUGAUCAUUAAAAUCAUCUGCUUUAGUGACCAGCUGGAAGGAAAACCUGCAGCGUCUCAGCCCUCCACGGCACGAGUUUGACACAUGAUCUAAAACCCUCACAGCGCACCCUGACAACAACGCAACACUGGUGGGUUCAGACUUUGGAGACGGCCAAUGGAGGACAAAAGACGCUUUGGUUCCGUAUCUACCACUUAAAGCUGAACGUGCGACAUGAAGAUGUCCAUGACGUGAUGGUCCCCUACCAGCGAGAUGGACGGAGGACGUAACAGAACAUGACACCUCAAAGAACUCCUUAGUCUCCUCCACGGCAAGACGGACAAGCGUUUUUACUCCGCAUCGUUUUCUUCACCCCCUCUGACACAAACAUGGUGGCGCCGUCCUCGUAGAUGUGUUGGUUGUCGAUGUGUAGACGCCGUGGGCUGUUGGUGACAAAUGUGGUCCAGUUCUGUUGGGGGGAGGGGGAAA